UUGAUUAUUGAGUCAAAUCCGUCAUCACAGACUAAUAAUACAGAAUGGUCAUAUGAUAUAAUUGAAUGUUUAUACAUAAUCCCAGCGUACCGCAUGGCGGACGACGCGGGCGACUGUUUGUUCGAGCGGCUCCGACUGCACCAGCAGCGCGCCCCGGACUCGACUGAGGUCGCGCGUGCUAUCACAGCUAGAAUCAACUCGCGUCUUACAUCACACGAUAAACACAUCCGUCAGAGCACUCUUGAUAAACUAUGGAACAAGCAAACUGGUGCGAUACAAAUGCUUCUAUCUAUAUUAGAGAAUUCAAGAGAUACGGCGACAUCAACCUAUAUAACAUCAAUAUUUAGAGAAGCUCUCUGUCUUAAACAAGGAAAAGGAAAGAAAUGUUCAGUAGCGAACGAACCCUUGGGGCCGAAAAAGAAGGAAAUGAAAAAAGGCAAAGAAAAUAAAACACCAUUGAAUAAAAAGGCAAACAACGUAGCGAGACAGCAGUGCUCACAACAAUUCAUCUCCCUAAACGGCACGCAAGCGGUGAUACGUACACUACUUGCCACACAUAGCAAACGCGACAGCAAUGUUAGCACGGAACUAAUGCUACAAGACCUCGUCUGGAUACUUGCAGCACUUGCUCCAAGAGGGACACAGGCCAUCAUUAGACGAGUGAUAUCAACGGUCCAUGAUAAGAGAGAGCAUCACGCUGGGACGGAAUUAGUAUUAAAUGAUCUGGUGUGGAUCCUUGCUCCGUUGGGGUCGAAAGAUCCAAAAUUUGCAAUGAAGGUGAGAAUGUUGGGUUGCGUUAGGACCAUGCAUCUGAUUUUGAAAGGACAUUUCACUGACAAUAAGUUGAUAUUUCCACUAUUGGUCAUCAUGAAACAGCUAGCCAAAAAUUCCGUAACAACUUCCAUUUUAAUACGUGACGGAGUCAUCGCUACUUAUGAUCGAGUGUUGAUAAGUCUAGGCUUCAUUCCUACGGCGAGACUGAGACUCUGUUUAGACGCUAUAGACUACUUUAGCAAAAACAAGGUGUGCUGCAUGCAGAUUGUGAAGACAGGGCUGUGUGGCGUGCUUAUACGAGUGUUCGACCGCUGGGACCGCUACGAGGGGCGCAUGAGGCUCAAGAUAUGCGCACACAUACUCCAGACGUUACAGCACCUCUGCAACAUCAAGGCUGGACGUCGUGCUCUCUGCACCAAGAAGCACGUGCAGACCCUCCACAGAUUCUGCUCUCAGUGUCCAGAUGAAAUCGAGUUCGACGGACUGUUGGCGAGAGUGUGUUCUGUCAUAACAUUGUGUCUCAAGCAUCAGGCACUACCAGUGCCAUCAUCUAGUCCAGCUACCUUCAACCUCAACCCUAUACUUAAAGGAACGAAUGCCACAUGGCCAUGUCAUGAAGAUGAUGAUGACGGCGGAAACUCAGACUCGAAGACAAUCAAUUCGGAUUUAGAAGACGACGCUCCUGACAGUGAUAACGAGGCCAUUGAUGACUUCCCAGAUAUUGAUUUCGAAGAUAAUGACUUAAAAAACAAUGAAGACUUGGAGAAAUCACAUACAAAAAGUGGAGAGAGCAUACAAAGUGCACUGUGGAUAAAUCCCAAUGAGAGAGAUAUCGAAGACUUAAAAAGAUACUAUAUUUUCUUCAAGGAGUUCGGUUCCUAUAACAAGCAAAUAAGGCUGGUAAAAAGUCGAUCCAACUCCCGGGGGUCCAUACUCGAUGAUAUUUUUAUAUCUCAAAAUAGCGCCAACCGAAGCCAGCCGUCGCCAACAAAUCUUUCUCUAACAGCAGUACUAGGGAACACUGACUACGACAACGCUUUAGGAUCAUCUCAAACGCUUUCAUUCUUGCAAGGAUAUCAUAAGAUACAUGAAAGCACUUCGACAACAUCUUGUUCUUCCUUAAAAAUCCACAAAGAUAUAUCAAAAUACAGUCCGCUCGAGUCAAUUUAUUCAAUAAUAUCAUCGAGAGUUAAAAGCAUCAUUCCAUUUGUAAAAGUUGCCUACCCAGAUAUGACAGGCGGGCAGGGUACUACACAACCAGAGCCAUUAAAUAAAAUGGAGAGAACAGCUUGCAGGAAUAAAUUACUCGCUUGCGUCGAGAGGGCAAUUAAUCCGGAGGCUUAUAUGAAUGAAGUUGUGUAUGAUUUGGAUGCUUUGAACUGUUCUAGUGCAAACGCAGACACGACUUCGCAGAAAAGAAUAUCUUCCAGUUUAAGCAACGAGAGUUUAUUUUUAAUUAACAUGGACGAACAGGAAAUAACAAAAGUCAAUAGUUUUUCAUCGAGACUAAAUUUUGAAUCGAGAUUCGAGUCGGGAAAUUUAAGAAAAGCUAUACAGGUAGGCCCAAGGGAAUACGAAUUAAUUUUAAUGCCAGACGUAAAUUCUCCAAAACGGCAUCAGUGGUUUUACUUCGAAGUGCGUAAUAUGCAACAGGGACGGCCCUAUAUCUUUAAUAUAGUGAAUUGUGAGAAAUCAGAUAGUCAAUUCAACUUCGGCAUGAAGCCUGUUAUGUAUUCCGUGAAGGAGGCUGUCCUUGGAAGACCCGGAUGGGUGAGAGCAGGUUCUGAUAUUUGCUACUACAGGAACAGUUACCACUACUCCAAUCAAAGAAACAAUAAAUGCUAUCUAACAGUUACUUUCAACAUCGACUUUCCUCAUACAAACGACGUCUGUUACCUCGCUUACCAUUUCCCAUUCACUUACUCCAUGAUGAUGACUAGAAUCUUCCAAUGGAGUUCUCAACUGCCCCUGGCGCUUAUCUAA